UUAUUCAAAUUUCAAAAAUCAAAAUCAGAAAGCAGAGAAUUAGGGUUUCAAAAUCAAGAUGGCGUCCUCUGCAAGCAUGAAGGGAUUUUACAAGCAGACGAAGAAGAAUGCAGGGAUCAGCAAACCUCCACCUAACAAAUCGAAGCCUAAGUCGAAAAAUGUUGCGAGUUUCGGAGCAAAGAGUGCACAACCUCCUGCUCUCGUCGCCCAUGGCUCUUUUGAUCUCAAAGAGAGUGAUGAUGGAAGGGAAGAGGUGUUGAGGCAGUUUGACAUGAACAUGGCGUAUGGGCCAUGUGUUGGGAUGAAGAGAAUGGAUCGUUGGAAGAGAGCUGCUAUGCUGGGGUUGAACCCUCCUGAAGAUGUCCGCAGUCUCUUGACAUCUGCUACCAAUGGCAAUGAGGGUUGUGGUGACUCCUUGUGGGAUGGUCGUGUUUGAACUUUAAAACAACAAUCCAUGGAAGCUCCUUCUGUACUUUAAUGCUGUGUACAGUCUCUAGCUGUCUCGGUUUUUUCUUGCUAUGUUGUGAUUUGAUAGAUUCCUUCAACAGGAUUUAUCUUUUAUGAUUUUGGUUAUGUAUCAAUGCUUUUGGUUGUUCUGUUGUUCUUUGUGGCAUGUUUCUUCAAAACAGCUUGCGUAUUUCUUUAUUAAUGAAACCAAGUUACAAGUAGGUGUAGUCA